GGCAGAACACAAACGCGACACAAAAGCUCAAAUUUUCCAUGCUAUUUCUUUUUGCUUACCCUAAUCUUUGGUUGAAUAUGGAGGACGACACCGCGAUAGGUUUGGCAGAGGAUUCAAUAACAGAGGUUGUAGUGGCAAGGCGAUUAUGGUAGUUGUCGUUGUUGCGAAGGGACCCGUGAUGAUAAGGAAAAGUGGGUUCCAGUCACCAAGCUCGGUUGCCUUGUCAAGGAAGGUUAGAUUCAAACACUUAAAAGAUUUACCUCCAUUCUCUCCCAAUAAAAAGGAACCUGAUCGUCGACACUCUUAUCGGCCCUAACCUCAAGCAUGAGGACAUGGAGAUCAUCCUUGUGCAGAAACAAACAUAGUCGGGCAGAAGACUAGGUUUAAAGCCUUCGUUUAAUUCUGUCAUCGCUUUUUAAUUCCUGCUUCUCAUGGUGUUCGUAUUGCUGCUAGUAAGCUUUCCAAAGAGAUGCUUUAAUUCACUAGUAUUAUUGAGGGGUUUUUACUUCUUCCAGUAGAUCGAUUAAGGCACUUAAAAACUUUGUGAAGGUAUGUCAUAAUAUGAUGUGUGUGUAUAUAUAUAUAUAUAUAUCAAUCACUUUUGUUAAAUAUAUGAUUGAAAUAUAAGGUGUUCAUUAUUAUAACGUGUUGUGUUCAUUUGUUUCUUUUUGAAAUUCAUUUUUUUUGGAUUAGUCAUUUCUGCCUGAUAUCCAGAUUUUCAUUAGGCAAACCUUACGAAAUUUUUAAUGACAGUUUAUGUUUGGAUUAUAGAUUUGUUACUAAUUUUGGUUGUUCUUUUUUGGAUUCAUUCUCAUUCUUUGUGCAUUUGAUUGAUGAAAACUACGUGGAAUUAACUUUUGUGUUCAUUUUUUAUAAGCUUGCUGAAUCGAAUAAUGGUGUUUAAAUAAGAGUAUUGGAUAGGCUUUUGUAAAAUAUUAGGUUUUUGUGCGGUUUGUAAAAUCUAAACAGUUUUUGAGUAAUUAGAUUAAUAUAUGGAGUUCAUGUGCAACUUUUGAUGUUUCUAGAAUAGAGAAACUCAAAUAUUUGUUAUGAUUAGAUGGUAUGGAAUGAAUUGCUUGUGAAGUUGUAUGCAAAUAAAUGGCAUGUGAAAAGCCACUAGUUUCUUUUCAAAAUUGGAUUUUCGUCACUAAAAUAAAUGGCGUGUGAAGUUGUAUGCAAAUAUUUGUCUGUCUGACUUUCUAAAUAUUAAUUCCCUGCUUGGAGAAGCCUUUAAAUAUCUCAAAAUUCGUUCCACAGCCUUCAUAUGUUCUUCAAUGUGCAUGGUUAUUUGCCACAUCAUGUUUUAUUUGAUUUGUUCACUCGUUACAAAUGUUUCCAUUUUGGCAAGCAACCUUUGAUCCUCUAUUGAAAACCUAUGGUAUCCUUACACCCAAGUUCUUAAGGAAGACUUGCUUCAAAAUCUCCAUUUCAAGAGCAAGAACUUGUUGGCCAAAUCGACAGGGAAGGCAUUGUUGUUGGAGGCUGCUGAAAGGAAGGCGAAAUCUGGGAAAUCAACCAACUCAAAUUCAAUUACCUUGAGAACUUGGCUUAAAUCUAUUUGAAGAUUUUUCAUCAGCAUGACACAGAAGUUAAGCAAACACAGUUUUGUUGGGUGGGCAUUGCAACCACCACUCCAAGUGAUAAAUUAUUUUUGAUCAUGCUCCUGAAGAAGAGAUUUUGGAAGCAAAAUUCAAGAUGGUGGUAAGAGUAUCCUUCUCUUAUGUCUCUCCAAUUGAUCCUUCACCAUUAGAAAAAGGCAAGGUCUGUAUGAAAAUUCAAGAAAUUGAAUCUCGAUUCUGGUAGCAUUUUAAUCACCUCUCAGCAAGUCUCACGGCUAAACAAGGUCAAUACACAAUUUGUUGAUAGGAAGCUGAAUUAAAGGAUGCUUAAAACUUCCUCCUUCAAUGACUUCUCACAACUUCACCAAUUUGCAUCAUCAAAAUGGGAAUAGAACCAAAAACGCCCCAUCUUCGCAUUCAAGUCCCACCCAUAGUAAACGAUGACACACAACAUCAAAACAACAAUUACAAAACCAUGACACCACCAUGGCUAAAACUCAUUCCCUCUCCAUCUCCAUCUCCACAAAAAUCAGAACCGAACCGAACCUGGCUCGACAACCCGGACCACGGUCCAUACCUACUAAAGCUAGCUCGGGACACAAUAAUUUCGGGUGAGAGUCCAACCAAGGCCUUGGACUAUGCAGUCCGAGCUGCCAAGUCAUUCGAGAGAUUUCCAGGCCUUGGCGUCGAGCUGCCCAUGAGCUUGCACGUGGUCGCUGCCAUUCACUGUCGGCUCGGCCAGUUUGAUGAGGCCAUUUCAGUUCUCGAGCGGUCCAUCGACGUUGCGGAAGCCGGUAACGGACUGGACCAUGCUUUGGCGAAAUAUUCUGGGUACAUGCAGCUUGGGGAUACUUAUUCCAUGCUGGGGCAGUUGGAUAGGUCCAUUUCUUGUUAUGAGGCUGGUUUGAUGAUCCAGAUUAAUGCUUUUACUGAUUCUGACCCUCAAGUUGCUGAGACUUGCAGGUACUUAGCAGAGGCACAUGUACAAGCAAUGCAAUUCGAAAAGGCAAAGAAAUAUUGCAAGAAAACACUAGACAUCCACAAACAACAUAGUCCACCAGCAUCCCCACAAGAAGCAACUGACCGCCGUCUAAUGGCUUUAAUUUGUGAGGCUUUAGGCGAUUCUGAAUCUGCUUUGGAGCAUCUAGUUCUAGCUAGCAUGGCAAUGAUCGCCCACGGCCACGACACCGAGGUUGCUGCCAUCGACGCUAGCAUUGGUGAUAUCUACGCCUCCCUCUGCCGCUUUGACGAGGCCAUAUUUGCCUACCAAAAAGCCCUCACAAUCUUCAAGUCCACAAAAGGGGAGUCCCACCUCUCCGUCGCCUCACUCUUCAUCCGUCUCGCCGAGCUCUACAACCGCACCGGCAAGUCCCGGGAGGCAAAGUCAUACGUGGACAAUGCGUUGAGAAUCUACCUGAAGCCUCCAUCGGGGGCUUCAUGUGAAGAGCUUUCGAGUGGGCUAGUGGAGAUCUCCAGCGUGUAUGAAGCCACGAACGAACCGGAGGAGGCAUUUAGGGUUCUACAAAGGGCGACAAUGGUACUGGAGCAGGGAGUGGGAGGCGGACGAUGGAGCGGGAGUGGAGCGGUGGCCGGGAUAGAGGCUCAAAUGGGGGUGAUGUUUUAUAUGGUGGGGAAGUAUGGAGAGGCUAGGAAGGCAUUUGAAGGGGCAAUUGGGAAGCUAAGAGCUGGGGCUAAGUCAGCAAUGUUUGGAGUUUUGUUGAAUCAAAUGGGAUUGGCUUGUAUUCAGCUCUACAAAAUUGGGGAAGCAGUUAAGCUGUUUCAAGAGGCCAAAGUGGUGUUAGAGGAACAAUAUGGUGUCUACCACUCUGAUACUCUUGCUGUUUCUAGCAAUCUUGCUGCCGCUUAUGAUGCUAUGGGAAGUGUGGAAGAAGCAAUUGAGAUAUUAGAACAUAUCCUUAAAGUGAGGGAAGAAAUGCUUGGAACUGCAAAUCCAGAGGUAGAUGAAGAAAAAAGAAGGCUAGAGGAAUUGUUAAAGGAAGCAGGAAGGGCUAGAAAUAAAAAGGCAAAGUCAUUACAAAUUUUGCUUGGCUCCAACCCCCUAAGGAUGAAGAAAGAAGUAGCAAAGAGAUGGUCUGGUGGCUUCAGUUUUAGAGCUUGACAAAAUGUUCCUUUGGACUAUAUUUAAAAGCUUCCCAUAUACUCUUAAUUUACUGGUCAAAUCUUCAUACUCCCACUGUUGUUCACUACAAGAAAAUUGGAUUCCAUGACACUUAAAAUUUGACUCAAUUAUCGUUUUUGACUUCUUUUUGUCGUUGAAUCGACCAUCAAAGUAAGAGUAUCACGAUACUUUUUAAAACUA